AUGAUCUCAAAUCCUUUCACACAAGAGAUUGAUGAUCAAAGAACUGAGGAAAUUAAUUAUACAGUGAGUGGGAAUCCAGCUCUACCUGAAAACAUCAUAGCUAACAAACCUGUUCUCCAGCUUUCAAAAGAAGGUAAUUUCUGGCAGCAGGGCAACAAGCAUCCAGCACCGGAGCCUGGGGGCAUCUUUAAACCACAGCAACUGCUGCCUACAUCCUGUACUGUGCCAGAGACUGACAGCUGGCUGAAUGCAGCAGUUGAAUAUCUGGAGUAUUUCCCUGACCAGUUCAUAGUUAUCCUGAGUCAGGAGUUAGGAGAAAGCACAGAUGCACAGACAGAACUGAGUGUCCAGAAGAAGAUACUGUUUGACGUCAUAGUAAAAUAUUAUGACCAUGGAGAUUACUUGUCAACUGAUGAGUAUGUUGAUAUUCAGUUAGGAAUUAUUGAACUUUUAAAAAAAAACAGAAGCGUCAAAGCAGAGCAGCUGUAUGUGAGAUGCUGCCGCCGAGUGCAAGCAGAGUUGCGUUGGUUGCUUGCUUUUAUGGUGAUUGCAGCAGACCCUGAUGCCUGUAUGCUGCAAAAACAGUAUGAUAACAAAACAGUAGUCCUGCAAACUCUUGCCAAAGCAGUCUUGCAGAACAAAGCAUUGUUGAAAGCACAGGAUGAAAAACUACUGGUCUCGUUUCUCCUUGAGUGUCACUCUGAGCUCUUCUCAAGGAUUUCCUCCAGUAUCUUGUUGUGUAUGUUUAUUUUUAUGGUAUUUGUAUCAAGCAAAAAGGCAAAUCACUUUCUUAAUAAGUUACUGAAUACUUACAGUGCCUGGUGCUUGAAAUAUAAUGUAUCAGUGAACAAAAUAAAAAGAGCCAAGCCUCAGGAAGCGUGUAUUGAAAAGGAGGGAGAUAGUAACAAGAUCCACACCUACAUCAAGUCCAGAAUGUGUUCUAAGACACCAGUUACCUUAUUUGAGCUGGUUUAUAAGAAAAUUAAGAAGCUUCUACAUGGAGAAGAUCCAAAUGCCAUUUCAGGAAUGGAGGUAAAUAUGUAUAAAGUAGAAGAUGUAAAAGGCUACACAUGUAAAACCCAUCAGUAG